ACCUUUAUUUAUACCCGACUGUGAUUGGUUUUAGAAGCCUAGGUAUAUCAUAUUAUUAUAUGCUAUCCCGAAUGCUCAAAUCAUCUUCUUCAUCAUUUUAUAGCAGUUUCACUAUAAUGGACCUGGUCUUUGCAACACAAAAUACCAUGUUACUUCCAUGAAAUUUCUGGGGCAUAGUUUAAUCCUUAUCUCUCCUCCCUAAUUAUAUAAAGAAACUUCACUUCCAAUGCCACCACAACUUCAAGCCUCCUCCUCCCUGUCUCUGUCUCUCUCUCUCUCUCUCUCUCAGUUUUCUUUGCAAUCGAUGAAGGAAGGGAAACAGAAGCUGUACUUGCAACGGUAAGAUUUGAAUUCAAGCAUCACACCUAAUAAAGGAGCCUCUUAUCUCUCUUAACUUACGAAAUAAUAUUGAGUGCAAUGGCGAUUUGUAUCGACGAUUCAAGAAACCAAGACACAACCAAACCUUUUCCUUCCUACAACCAGGGAUGCAAAUUCAAUAAUUCUCCAUGCAGGCUUUUCAACUUCUGCAGAUCCAAUCCUCCAAACCCUGUUUCCAGCAGUUCCAUUAGUCAUCAGCAUACUCAGAAAACCACUGAUCCUUCAAAAGUCACUGAACCAAGCUCUGUAUCCCAAUCAAGUGAGGUCGACUACAUCAAUCAUUUUUUGUCAUUCUGCUCAAUUAAAGAUGACGUAUGGCUCAAAAUAAGAGAGGAAGCUAAAUCAGAUGUCGAACAAGAACCAAUCUUGUCAAACUACUAUUUUUCUCUGAUUCUACUGCAAAAUUCACUAGAAAGUGCUUUGGCAAAUCACUUGGCACAAAAAUUGAGCAAUUCAAUCCUCGCCACCAAUACAAUUUACAAACUUUUCUUGAGUGUGCUAGAGGAAGAUUGUAACAUCCAAAUUGCGAUUAGAGACGAUCUCAAAGCAGUGAAGGAUCGUGACCCAGCUUGCAUAAGUUAUGUCCAUUGCUUCCUAAACUUCAAGGGCUUCUUAGCAAUUCAAGCUCACAGGGUGGCACAUAAGUUGUGGUCACAGGGCAGGACAGUUCCAGCACUUCUAAUCCAAAGUCGGGUUUCGGAGAUUUUUGCAGUUGAUAUCCAUCCGGGUGCGAAGAUUGGACGUGGGAUAUUGCUCGAUCACGCCACCGGAGUUGUGAUCGGAGAGACAGCCGUAAUCGGUGAUGAUGUGGUGAUUUUGCAUAGUGUGACAUUAGGAGGGACAGGGAAGGUGGAAGGGGAUAGACACCCUAAGGUUGGUAAUGGGGUUAUGAUUGGGGCAGGGACUAAAAUUUUGGGCAAUGUUAAAAUUGGAGAUUUUGCUAAAAUCGGUGCCGGGUCAGUGGUGUUGAAGGCGGUGCUGCCUGGAGCCACCGUGGUGGGCAACCCUGCUAGGGUAGUUGGAGGAGGAAAGGAUAGGCCAAAGAUGUGAAAUUUCUAGUUUCACAUCAUUUGUGUACUCAUAUACUUCCAUUUUGCAGUUGUGUGAUGAUAGUAUUGCAAUUUAACAGCAAUACUAUGUUAUUUUGUACAUAUACGAUUUGCAUUUAGAUAUGCAAAUCCUGCUAUAUAUGUUAGAAGAAAUGCUAUGUCA